UGUAACAGAAUCUUAAUUUUCCCAUCCCUGGUUCGAAUGACAUCAACUGCACUCCCUCCAAAUAUGUAAACAAUUACUCGCUAGCUUUCUGCAAUACUGAGUAAAAGUACAUUUACUCAAAAAAAGAACUAAAUAAAUUUUUCAUAAAAAAAUGGAAGAAUUGAAUUUUAGACCUUUUAAAAUGGAAGUAAACAAAAAGGAAUGCAAUACCCGUCAGAAUUAUUAUGUCGAAAAUGACGUGUGCUACACAGAAGACCACUUGGUAGUCCACGAGUUAUAUAUCAACUAUAUGCCAGCACAGGUGAUGGAGGAAGACUUGUCUACGUAUUUCAAUGGUUAUGGAGAAGUUAAGUCUCUGCGUGUCAAUUCGUUUCCCAUUUCGGAUACCUUAGAAGCCAGAAAAACUGGAUGCGUAUUUUUUGUUAAAGCACUCGAUGCAGCUAAAGUCUUGCGCUCUGGGAUUCACGAAGUAAAUGGACAUCGAAUCUAUAUCGAGGCCAGUCAUAGUUGGCGUCAACCAGAUGCCUUUAUCCCUUUAGAGAUAGAGCAGUCGCAUUUAAUGAAAAUUCCAGAUGACUGUCUGAUCCAAAUAUUGGAAUAUUUACAGUUAAACGAUCAAGUGCAUUUCCUACGAUACUGCAGUCGUUUUCGAGAACUGGAUACGGGAACUUUACACAAGUCGAUAAAAUUCGAAAUUUCAUUAUCGGAGUGGGAUAUACGUGACCUUUUCUUCAUAUGUGGACGAUCUAUUCAAAGUAUUGAGUAUGACGAUUGUUCACAGAAAUUACCUUUUGAACGUUUUUUAAAUUAUUUUGAAAAGAAUUGCAUCAAUCUAAAUUCCUUAAAGCUGAAGCAAGCUAAUCUAUGUCAUCAAAAUGUAUUCAAAAUUUUGGCCAGUAACGAGAAUUUAGAGGAUCUGGAAUUUAUUGAUUGCAGUCUUAAUAAUAACAUCUUAGAAGCUUUGAAAAAUUUAAGAAAUUUAAAAAGGCUGUACAUUUUUUAUUCUUUGCAAUAUGAUCAAUAUGAAAAUAGAUGUCUUUUCCCCAUAGAUCAAGUUAGGGUUACGACAUUCAAGCUUAUAGCACAACUGAAUCGUCUCAAACGUGUGAAAAAUCCAGAACUCACAACAGUAAGUGAUCUAAAACUUCCAGAGUCGAUUGAGACUCUGACCAUUAUUGGAUGUAAAGGAAUAUCACCAAACCAUUUAAUCCAGAUUUGCAAGUCUUUACCAAACUUAAGGGAACUUGACCUUCGAAAUUUUUCCGACGUUCCAUCUGAUAUCUAUGACUAUCUGAAUUCGUUAGAAACUUUCACUUUUGAUAUUGCAGAACCAGAUCAAUAUCAGAAAAUAGCAAAAUUGCCUAAGCUUAAGACAAUUCAAUUUGAACUCGUACGCCCUUAUAAUUUAUAUAUUGCAAACAAAUACUUUAAUUUAUUAGGAGAACUUGUUAAUCAGAUUGUUGCCAUAAAAUCUCAGCAAUUGGAACAUUUAAAGAUUGACUUUAGGAUGAAUGAAACAAUACUUUUGCGAAUUGCAAACUUAAGAGGAUUGCGGGAACUUUUCGUGAAGCCGGCCGAACAGGCCAUGACUGAUGCUGUUCUGCGAGAGUUUUCAAACCUUAAAAAUCUUGAAAGCCUUGCUACAAUAUCUUACAAUGAUAUUAAGGUCACUGGCGUUUUUCGUUUAAUUAUAGGUUGCCCAAAAUUAAGACAUUUGAAAUUGAGCAAUUGCAAAGAUAUGACGGAAAAUCUGACACACGGAAUUUCUGAUAUUGUACGAUAUGAAAUUGUCCACAAAGAGAACCAACGUGAAUUGCCCAUCUAUCUAUAUGUGCGUGAAUCCGAGAUCAGGUUUUCCCUCAAUGGGAUAUCCAAUAAUAUUAUUAAGAUUGUCAUUGAUAAAUAUUAAGAUUAUCAAAUUAAGAAUUAAUCGUGUUACGUAUAUGUAUAUGUAGAAAUGUCGUUAAUAGAUGCGAUAAAAAAGGUUAUUUAUAGUUUAGCAAAAUAUUAUCGUUUAAUU